UCUUUCAUUAUUCUCUAAAAUGCCAUUGUUUUUUGACCCAAGACCUUAUAUUCUACCGUGUAAAUCAGGAUAGAAAAAAAAUUGUUAUCUUCAUCACAAGACCAAAAACCUCACUGUAUUAGUCUUCGCCCUUUGGAAUUGAAGCCAAAGAAAAUGAUGUCAAAUCUCCCACCCGACUUAAUCGCCGACAUCCUCAGCCGUUUACCUGUUAAGCAACUCCUCUGCUUCCGAUGCGUUUCGAAGCGGUGGCGAUCUUUGAUCGACGAUCCUGAUUUUGUCAAGCUGCACCUCUGCCACUCCCUCAAGUACCACAUUAACCAUACCCUCAUCCUCAAAAAUUUCGAUCUUCACGCCGCUGAUCUUGCUUCUCUCCGCUCUUUCGCCAAGCUGGACCACCCUUUAAUGAGUUACAACCAUGGAGUCAACAUCUUGGGUUCUUGCAACGGCUUGCUCUGUAUCCGUAACAUUGUUGAAGACAUGGCUAUUUGGAACCCUUUCACUAGAAAGCACCAAGUUUUACCUUCUCUCGGUUCUUGCAAUGGCUACGUUUACGGAUUCGGUCACGACCCAAUUACUGAUGAUUACAAAGUGGUUAAAAUUAUGCAGCUUGUUAGGUUUGAUGGUAGGGCUUUAGAAUCAGAAGUUAAAGUUUGCAGCUUGAAGAGAAAUAGGUGGAGGAAAAUUCAAGAUAUUCCUUAUGGAUUUUCGUUUCCUGGGGCCAACGGGGUUUUCGCUAGUGGAGCUUUACACUGGGUUCUGACUCAAAAAGUUCAACUUUCGGAGGAAAAUGUGAUUGUUGCGUUGGAUUUAGGGGCUGAAAAUUACAGGGAAGUGCCACAACCUGAUUACAAAGAUAAGGGAUUUCAAUUGAAUGUGGGAGUUUUGGGAGGAUGUUUGUGUGCGGUAGCUAAUUAUGGUGAUGUUCGAGUUGAUAUUUGGGUGAUGAAUGAGUAUGGGGCAAAGGGGUCUUGGAAUAGACUAUUUUCUGUUGCAAGUGAAGAGGUGAUUGGUUCUUUGAGGUUUGUGAAGCCUCUGGCUUACUCGAGGAGUGGUAAUCAAGUUUUGUUGGAACAUGAUAAUAUAAAUCUUUUCUGGCAUGAUCUGAAGAAGAAUAAAGCCGAUGAUGUCUUGGCCUCUGGAAUGCCCCUUUCAUAUGAAACAGAGAUUUGCUUGCAAAGCCUGGUUUCACUUAAUGUCAACAAAAGGCAGCAUAAUGGAGAGGAUAAUUGGAAGAUGGACGAUUUCCUGUCAGUGGGGUUCAAACUAGUGUUAUAGUCAAGUGAAAAACAAGGAGGAUCACAAGCAGGAGUGGAAAAAUUACUGUGAUUUCUUCACUGAGUUGAAAUGAAUUUUUGGCUGUUGCAUGUUUGUCUUUAAAUUUCUUGCCGUAAUCAAGAUGUUUAUAUAUGUAUAAAUAUUAAGUAAUUAAGAUAACUUAUGUGUAUGAAUUGAUGCAGGAUUGACUAUACUGAAAUUGUGAAAAGAGGUGGGAUUAAGUUAUUCAUCCACUUUAUCGGAACAUAGAAGUCUAUCCACGCCAUUUUUAUAUUGGAAUUUUAUUCUCAAUCCUGUUGAGUUUAUCUGUGUACUUUUACUGCUUUUGUCCGAUAGAGAUUUAGUUUUGUUAUGAAAAUCCUUGAAGUGAGCUGAUUGAAUGGGUUCUUGAUACAGUUCAUACCUGAAUUUUUUUACUCUUUAUUGGUUUGCAAGCAAACAUUGCACAGAACUUUUUGUUAAACUCACUGUGAAAAAUGAAGCUCCUUUAUUAGCUAGCAACAAUAUCUAAUAUUAGGAAAAAAAAAAAAAAGGUGAUAUGGAGCAUGAAAUAUGGAUAGCCUCCUUAUCCUAGUGAAUUAAAUAGAUUCGAUUUGGUUAUAAUUUUGUAUCUGUGCUGAACCUGCUUUUACAAGUUCAAUAGUGUUAUG